GCUCGAUGCAAAUGAGCACAAAGGAAGUUGUCAGCAGCAUCGUGCUCUGGCCAAUGGAAGGAAAGCUCCAUCUUAGCUGUGCCAUAGGCUGCACUAAAAAAAGGGACCAGAACGGCGCUCUCUCAGCAUCCUUUCACACAAGAGGUAGCUCCCAAAUCUGUGCCAGUGAGCAUACUCAGACAGCUCUUCAAGAAUGGCAACGCUCAACAGCACUCACUGGAAUGAGACUACUACAUCCAUUUCCCAGUAUCUGGGCUUCCAAGUGCAAAAAAUUUACCCUUUCCAUGACAACUGGAACACUGCCUGCUUUGUUAUCCUGAUCAUAUUCAUCUUCACUGUAGUUUCUCUGGUGGUGUUGGCUUUCCUGUACGAACUGCUGGACUGCUGCUGCUGUGUGAAAAACAAAACUGUGAAAGACUUGGAGAACGAGCCCAAUCCCGUGCGAGCAAUGAUGAACAGCUUCAGGAAGCGUGAAACGGAGGUGGUGUAGGAAGCACUGAGCACCCGCACUUGGAGAACUUGGUUUGACACCCCGAAUGAAGCCUCUUGUACCUUACAAAUGAGCAAAUCAUGUGCUUUUUUCUUUUGGACUUGAAUAUCCACGGUUGCAAUUUUAUCUCUGGACGUGAGCUGGAAAAAUUGGCAAAGGCUUUCCAAGUGCUUAGCAGAAAGACAAUCUAUUGCAGUGUUAUGGGAGGGAAAAAGAUUUCUGUUUUUAGAUGAACUUUUGCUGUUUAUAUUGAGUGACUAGCAUAGAAUUUUGUCUACCUGACCAAACAAAUGUUGCCUAACGCGCAUAAAACCGUGUUGCUUAACUGAAGAAAACACUCAUAAAACGUUCAACAGUCUGAUCAUGUUCAGUGCAAAGACAGCAGUGUUGUACCACCAAGUCAACCACAAAGGGACAGGACAGACAGACAAGGGGUAAGAAACAAGUUGGGAGAGAAGGGUUGAAUAGCAAGAGACGCUACAGGCAGGAGAGGACUGGGUGAAUUCUAGCCUUUGGCAGCACUUUUUAUUAUGGGUUUCUUGCUUUUAGAAGAGAGGGUGGCGGGAGGAAAACUAAGCCAAUAAGAAAUGGAUCCCUAAAAUGGUCUUUUCUAGUCCUGCUAAGGGUGGUUUGACCCUUUCCUCCCCCACUUCUCCAGUUCCAGGGAACUGUUAUCCCCUUACUGGCCCACAAUUCCUGGGUGUUGAGACUUGAGCAACCCAUUACCUUCAGAAUAUCCUACCCUUUACAAAAAUCCUGCUGGAAAGGAACAGGGGUAAUUCUCUGCCCCAAGGCUGCUGCUUCAGUGGCAACCACAAUACUAUACGGAGUUGGACAUGCCGUAUCUAUCAUCCCUAUCCCAAACUUUCAAAGCCAAACUGGAACUGAUGGAGUUCUUGCCAAGAAACAGGGAGAUGGGCACAGACCUCCCACACUGAAGAGGGGGAUGCCACCCAGCCCAUGUGCAGCUUUCAGGUGCCAACAUGAGGCCACACCAGGAUCAGCCCAGUGCUAGACAGGGCACUCCACUUUCCACAAGAAAAUCUCACUUGACUUCAUCUGCCUGCUGACACAUCCCAGAGUUCACACUCAUCCCUUCCUCACCACAGAACUCUCACACCUCUGGCUCACCAGUCCUCUGUAGCUGCGUUGUGUCCCUGAGUUUUAAAACCAGUCAAGUUUUGCAGUUACAAAUGACAACUGUAGUAACAGUGACCAACAGCGUGGCCAUCAGUAACUGCUGACAAGUCCUUCACACUCCUGAACCUACACAGAAAUGUCCCAGCGCAAAGCUACAAGUGGGACACGUUACUUAACUGCAUUAACCCCAGAAAACAUUCCUGUCAUGAAGGAAACAGAACUCACCUAAACGGCCACAGCCAUAAGUGAUGUCACAGUCCAUCCAUGUCCAAAAAGCCUUUGUGAUAUGGCCAGUACCUAUAACGAUCUCUGUUUUUUAUAGAUAUCAAAUCCCUCUCUCAGGUUGAACAUGUCUAAGCUCCAGAAGAUCUGGACACAGUGGAAGACUUGCUAAUUGACACAUGCUGCUCCUAGUUGGUGAGAUGGAGUCCCAAGACACCCAGGGCACCAUGAACUAGCACAGCUAGUCCAGUGAUUCACCUGGAGAAGCAAACUCCCUUCUGCAGUCACAAAUCCUCACAACCGUUCAUCUCAGACACACUUCUUACAGUGAAGUUUGGCCAGGACCAGCGCCCACUGCAGAGAAUGCUUCAAGCUCAAAAUCAAAAGCACAGCUGAUGGAAGCCAAUGCCCCAAGUAGAAGGUAAUUCAGGACUCACACCAAGACGUAUGAUGAAGAUAAUGUCAGUGGUGAUAAGGAUGACACGUUACCUUCUGCUGUACAUGACAACAUCAGACUGGAAAGUCCGGCUCAAGAGGCCAGAGCAGCCAUUGGGAUGCACUGAAUUAAUUAAUGUCUCUUUCCUAAAAGCAAAUGCUGUGGGCACUUGCAGCAAUCCCACAAAAUGCCCAUCUUGGCUGCACACAAGAGGGUGGCGUGUGCAACAUGCCAGCCUCUGCUGCUUUGGCAACGCCUUCCCGAGAAGCACACAGAAGGACAAAUCUUGGGACUUAUCCCAGCUUUUUAUUUCACUAGUCUACAAAGGGGAAUGGGUGUGGGCACAAGGAAUAGAAGACAAAGGUGUUCCCUUGCACAGUACCAGAGGAGACUCAGGAUGAUUCUUUCCCACAAAACAGCCCCUGAAGAUUUUGGCUCUUGACUACUCUUGGCGGAGACCCCCGAGACAAAGGUCUUAAGACAAAGACCACAGCCACAAUUUACUACUGAUUAAUAAAAUGAAACAAACAGA